UCUUGCCUGCCUUUCCAUAUCUCUAUCCUUGUAAAACGAAUUUUCCUUGUAAAAAAAAAUUAAAAAGAGAGUUCAAAAAAGCACCUACCCUGGUCAGCUUUUAAACAAACAUUUUCUUCUUACCACAAGCCAAGAAAGAAACUCCCAUCUCUCUUAAAUCUCAGAUCUCUCUCCCCCUCCCUAUCUCUCUCCAUAUUGAAGAACCCAAUCGAAGUUUAUUCCAUAUCUUCAUCGAAAGAAUUGUUCUUGUUCUUCACAAUGAGAGAUAUAGUUUCUUGUUUUAGUGAAAAUGCCAUACAAGUCUCUCAUUCUUCAUGUUCUAGUUAUUCAAACAAUGCUUGUAUCUCUCCAAGCCUAACCCCAUCUGUCCAAAAUGCAGUCUCUUGCUUAUAUAAAAUCAUCCUCUCAACGGAAAAACAACUCUUGGCCAAAGUGUCUUGGUGCAAAAACCACACUACUCAAGGCCUCAGCAUUAAAUUUGGCACUGACCCUUCAACUUCUUUCAAACUCAGUACACAUACCAGGCUCUUUAGAAAGAUGAAAGGCAACAAAUUGAUUGAAUCUGAUACUGUAAAGAUCGAAGUCUUCUGGGAUCUUUCUUCUGCUAAAUAUGGGUUAGGACCUGAACCUGUUGAAGGGUUUUAUGUCCUGGUCAUGGUUGAUUCAGAAAUAGGCCUGAUUCUGGGUGAUGUAGGAGAAGAAACUUUGACCAAGAAGUUCAAAACUAGCAGCACCCCAAUUGCUAAAGUCACUCUUAUUUCAAGGCAAGAGCAUUGUUCAGGCAAUACUUUAUAUGCUACGAAGGCACAGUUUUGUGACACAGGAAUUCAACAUGACAUUGUGAUCAGAUGUAGUGGAGAAAAUGAAGGCUCGAAGCAUCCAGUUUUAUCUGUAUGUAUUGAUAAGAAGACAGUGAUUCGUGUAAAGAGGCUGCAAUGGAAUUUUAGAGGCAACCAGACAAUUUUUCUUGAUGGAUUGCUUGUUGAUCUGUUGUGGGAUGUCCAUGACUGGUUCUAUAAUCCUGGUUCUGGCUAUGCUGUUUUCAUGUUCAGGACAAGAAGUGGAAUGGAUAGCAGACUGUGGUUGGAGGAGAAGUUAGUGCAGAAAGAUCAAGAAAGAGUUGAAUUCUCUUUGUUGAUUUAUGCCAGUAAGAGCCCUUGAAGGAAAUUUCACUAACUUCAUCGAUGCUUUAUUUUUUUUUGUGUUGGUUUUCCUUUCAUCUUGAAAGGCAUAGAUACUUGAAUUCUUGUGAUCAUAUAAGAAAUAAUUUUAGUUGUUCAGAAGCAGAAAUGUGAAAUUCAGAUAUAAAAAUCUAACUAGUUGGUUCUUAAUUUUAUCUGUC